CACGUGCUGUCGUGACGUAGCGCCUGGAUGCACACUCGGGCCAAUCACGUCACGAUCGCGAACAGGCUCGUGCAGAUGUCUCUCUGUCAAUUCAAUCAAUGCUCCAGUUGCUUGCCAGCCACAGCAUUUCAUUUCCUCUUCAUCCUCCCACACGCGACUGUCUUCACAAAACUGUUUUCCGCUCUCUCUCGCCACCCAACUCUUCCUCCGAGACGCCUCCGACGUCGAUUCGAGCCUGUUGACACGACGGAGAAGCGCUUAAUCGGAACACUGGACGACAUUCGCAGAACCCACGCGGCGCUCAACACUCCUCGCCCGACCAGACCGACCAUAAUCUCAGUCUUCUCUCCAACCUAAGCACUCGCAGCAGCAUUGCAAACGGUACAAUGCCUCCGCGAAGCAGACAUACGAAAUCAGCCAGCAUUGGCUCCAGUGUCGGCGACACCAGCGGCGCAGAUACCACGCUCAAUGGCGCAAUGCUUCCCCCCGCGACACCUGGCUCAUCGACAUCCUCCCCCUUGACGGCGCGCAAACCACUUAUAUCGCAACAGACAACCCUCCCACAGCAACAGCAGCAGGAUGCGCAGAAGCCCGUCGUGGAGAUCCCCUCGCCAUCAGAGCUUCUGCCCAGCAAGAAAACCACCCGCAAGGCCGCAGAAGCAGGCAAAUUCACCCUCACACUGGUGCUCAGCGCGCUUUUGGAAGGAGUCUUCCACACUGCGACGGCGUAUGUGAUACCCGGCGAUUUGGCAUUGGUGUCACGACGGCCGGACACGGCGGCUGUGGUGGGGUUGUUGGGGUGGAAAAUCGUGAAGCUGGCUCUAUACUGGGUUCGAAAUUUCGAUGCAUAUGAUGUGGCCAGCAUCGAACUACUGCUAUAUACCCCGCAAAGCAUCCUCUUGGGGCUAUUCUACCAGAUCAGCCCGCUGACACUGGCGGCGACCACGGCGUCUCACGUCCUCGGCAACGGCAUCCCAUACUACUUCCUGCGGCCUCUUUCGCCCGGCCACAAGCCGGGAUCCGCACCAAAAGGAAGUCUGCGCAACCGGCCGAUCCUGACGGAUCCGUUCACGGCGAUCGCAAUCUCUGUGCUGGCGACUUCUGUCUUCGCAGUUCUCUUGCAAGCCUCGUUCGCGACCUUUCUCCCCGAAUGGCUGGUCGUCCACUUCGUCGGGCUGGUCACCAUGGAGCCUGCGCAUCGUGGCCCGUCUGGAUUCCCUACUCUGCUCCUCACUCUGUUGCCUGCCGGCGUGGCGUUGAUGGAAUUUCUGUUCGCCCCGUCAACGGCAGCUGGUAACGUGCCCGUGCCGCCAUCCGAGGUCUUCGACCCGGCCACCGCCUCGUUUCUGCAACAUGUCUCUUACAACGCUUGGGGCUGGUAUACUGCCCGCCAGAAAGCGCUUAUCGCCCGCACCACCCUGUUGGCUGUCCUGGUCGUCACCGAGUCUGUCGUCCAGCUUGUCGGCGGCGUUGCGGGCGUCGAAGUUCCUGGUGCAGUCGGGUAUGCUGGGGUUUGGGGUCUAGGUGUCGUCAUUCUAGGCGCUGUCUUGAACUGGGUCGGCGGGCCGAGCGAUUAGAAUGGAUAACAUAACAUCACGGCCAAAAGAGGUUCAAGUUGACCUCUUGUGGGCGGAGCUAGAAUGGACUGAACUGAGCCGGGCUGAACUGGAGCGUCGCCGUGAUGUGACGUAUUGUGAUGGUGAUAGAGAGGGCACACCAAAUGUCCAGCUGAGUCCGCCAGUGUGGCCAGACCAGCGGCAUGCGAUCAGUUUUGCAUUUCGGGGGCCGCUGUAGUAUUGGUAUUACUUUGCUUGUCCCGUCUUAUAUUUUUGCAUUCUGCAGUGCAUCGUUUUUGCAGUAUGGCCAACAGUAGUAAAGUGCAGUAUGUGGUAAAAGGUGAUAAAAGAACCACCGAAAAAAGAAUCAAAUGAAUAAACAAACAAACAAACAAACAACAAAGGCCUCUUUUGUUGUUUCAAGAGCAAAGUACCUGUUGUGGUGGCCUGCAGCCCAAGGAGUAUUAGUCUGAUAUACUACUACUAUUGGGCAAUUAAUAGUCCGAUUGAUUAGAAGAUUGUGAGAAAUCCUUCGCAUUAUUAAAGGAAAAGGAAUA